AUGGCAACUUCACUUCUAGGGGAGGAACGGAGAUUGGGAUCGACUCCUUUAGCAAUGUUAGCUGCAACAUGUAAUAAAAUAGGGAGUCCGAGCCCUUCACCCUCCACCCUUUCGGAUAAUUCUUCAUCUUUUGGAAAGGGUUUCCAUCCGUGGAAAAGAGCCAACAGCUGCAGCCUGGGACCCAGCCUCUCCGGGUUUGGUGUGUCUCGCAGUGGAUCCGGUGUAUCGGACUCUUUCAACGGGUCAACCGGAUCCAGCGCCUUCUCCCUGACGCCCGGCACCGCGUCCGGCCCCCACUUUGGAAAUGACUACUCCGUAUUCCAAGCGUCGGUUUCCAACAGCACUCAAGAGUCGGGUCACCAGCCCGUGUUUAUCUCAAAGGUGCACUCGUCAGUGGACAGUCUGCAGGGCAUAUACCCAAGAAUGAGCGUCGCCCACCCCUACGAGUCCUGGUUUAAAUCAUCGCACCCUGGGAUCCCCACGGGGGAGGUCGGUACCACCGGCGCGUCCGCGUGGUGGGAUGUGGGCGCCGGGUGGAUUGACGUGCAGAACCCGAAUGGAGCCACGCUGCAGACCUCCCUGCACUCAGGUGGACUCCAGACAUCCUUGCACUCCCCUCUAGGGGGAUAUAAUUCCGAUUACUCGAGUUUAAGUCACUCCGCGUUCAGCACAAGUCCCUCUCCACACCUGUUGACCACCGGCCAGCACCUCAUGGACGGUUUCAAACCGGUACUGUCUUCUUAUCCAGACUCAUGCCCGUCUCCUUUAGGCGGGGCAGGAGGGGCUAUGCUCUCCGGGGCGCCACCUGCACCUCUAGCGGGGUCCCCGAGGUCCUCUGGUCGACGCUACUCUGGAAGAGCGACAUGCGACUGCCCGAACUGUCAGGAGGCAGAGCGGCUGGGUCCUGCGGGGGCCAGCCUCCGGAGAAAGGGUCUCCAUAGCUGUCACAUUCCAGGUUGUGGUAAAGUUUAUGGGAAAACGUCGCAUCUUAAAGCUCACUUGAGAUGGCACACAGGUGAGAGACCGUUUGUGUGCAACUGGCUCUUUUGUGGUAAGAGAUUCACGCGCUCCGAUGAGCUCCAGCGACAUUUGCGCACACACACCGGCGAGAAGAGGUUCGCGUGUCCGGUUUGCAACAAGAGAUUUAUGAGAAGUGACCACUUGAGUAAACACGUAAAAACUCACUCUGCCGGUGGGUCUGCAGGAUCUGGCUCCGGGGCCAGCGGGGGGAAGCGGGGAAGUGACACCGACAGCGAGCACAGCGCACCGGGGAGCCCUCCGUGCAAUUCCCCCGACCUGUUGCUGCCACCUGAUGCACACUCUGGAGUAGGAGGCAUGAACAGCCUCUAA